ACUAGCUACCUGUACGUGUAAGGCCAUAUGCGUUCACCAAGCUGCCCUUGUCUGCUAGCUUAAGGAUAAGGAGCAAUUAAUGGAGGACGACCCAGCUUCUCCGCGGCUCCGCGUCCUCGAGAGCGCCGUCGUAGCGCCCUCGCUGACCCCUCCGGUGCCGGAGACCUCCCUCCCGCUCACCUUCUUAGACGUUCUCUGGCUUAACGCCCCAGGUCCCGACGCCGGCAAUGGCAUGACCGCCAUCCUCUCCAACCUCAAGACGUCCCUCUCCCACGCUCUCGGCGCCUUCUACCCGCUGGCCGGUCGCCUUCGCCUCACGCCCGGCACCGCAGACCGCUACGAGCUGCACCACCACCCCGGCGACGGCGUCGCCUUCACCGUCGCCGAGUGCGACGUCGACGUAAACGAGCUGGCCACGGACGGGCCAAGGGAGGUCGCCAAGAUCUUACCGCUCGUGCCACCUCUCCCGGACGGCGGCGCGGUGCUCGCCCUGCAGGCCACCGUGCUGCGCGGCGGACGCGGCCUCGCCAUCGGCAUGGCUCUGCUCCACGCCGCCUGCGACGGCGCCUCCUCCACGCGCUUCUUCCACACCUGGGUCGCCGCCAGCACCGGCGCCGGCGCGCCUCCGCCUCCUAUCAUCGACAGAACUCUCGUGACCACGGACCCGAGCGCGCGCCGCCUCUACGACGUAUUCCUCGGAGCCGUGGCGGGCAGAGCGGAGAGGGAGUUCGUCAAGAUGUCCACCGACCAGCUCCUCGCCACCUUCACUCUGUCAAAGGAGGACAUACAACGCGUCAAGGACGUCGUCGUCGUCGCCGCCGACGAGGCGAGAGCGGCGCCGCCGCGAUGCUCCUCGCUGGUCGCCACCUUCGGAUUCAUCUGGUCGUGCUACCAGCGAGCAAAACACGACGAUGCAGCAAACGGUGGCGGCCCCACCUACUUCCUCUUCACCGUCGAUCACCGCUCGCGGAUGAAGCCCCAUCCUGUCCCGGCCGAGUACCUCGGUAACUGCGUCGGCGUCGCCCUGCAUGGAGCGCCCAAGGCACAGCUCGCAGCGGUAGGCGCCGGCCGCCCCCCCGCCGCGGG